CUUAGGCUGUUGCACACCAGUCCAGAUUCGGGUUUGGCACGCCAUUGUGGCAAAUAGUUACCGUCACGUUACUGAGUAAUCAUUCCGAGUUUGAAUCCAUAGCUUAAUUAUUACGAGUGCACCAGUAAUAUCACAAACUGCCCCACCAUGGCUACAGACUCCUGGGCACUGGCAGUGGAUGAGCAAGAAGCCGCGGCAGAAUCGAUCGGUAGCCUUCAAAUAAAAGAUAAACCGGAAGAAAAUGGCACGGUUGCAAACGCAUCAAACUCUAGCAGCACAACUGCAAAAUCAGACGCCGAAGGCGAAAGCAAAACUACAGAUGAUGACGACAAAGAGGAUAAAGCAGCACAAUCAUUACUGAACAAGUUGAUCAGGAAUAAUCUCGUCAACACAACAAAUCAAGUGGAGGUUCUUCAAAAGGAUCCCAACUCUCCGCUUUACUCUGUAAAAUCAUUUGAAGAAUUGCGCCUCAAACCACAGCUGCUUCAGGGAGUGUAUGCUAUGGGAUUCAAUCGGCCAUCCAAAAUCCAGGAAACUGCCUUACCUAUGAUGUUGGCUGAGCCUCCACAGAACCUGAUUGCUCAGUCUCAGUCAGGAACCGGUAAAACAGCUGCCUUUGUCCUGGCCAUGCUCAGCCAUGUUGACCCCAACAACAAAUACCCCCAGUGCCUGUGUGUGUCCCCCACCUAUGAACUGGCACUUCAGACUGGUAAAGUCAUCGAGCAGAUGGGCAAAUAUUAUCCUGAAGUCAAACUAGUUUAUGCCAUUAGAGGAAAUAAAUUGCAGCGGGGUAUGAAACUGCAGGAGCAGAUAGUCAUUGGCACACCUGGUACCAUGCUGGACUGGGUCAGUAAAUUUAAAUUUAUUGACCCGAAAAAGAUCAAAGUGUUUGUCUUGGAUGAGGCGGAUGUCAUGAUCGCCACACAGGGUCACCAGGAUCAGAGUAUCCGAAUCCAAAGGAUGCUGCCUAAAAACUGCCAGAUGUUGCUGUUCUCAGCCACGUUUGAAGAGACUGUUUGGAACUUUGCUCAGCGUAUCGUGCCUGAUCCCAACAUCAUUAAGCUGAAGAGGGAGGAGGAGACACUGGAUACUAUCAAACAGUACUAUGUGUUGUGCACCAGUAAGGAGGAGAAGUUCCAAGCCCUCUGUAACAUCUAUGGAGCCAUCACCAUCGCUCAGGCCAUGAUCUUCUGUCACACAAGGAAGACUGCAGGCUGGUUGGCAGGCGAGCUGUCCAGAGAAGGCCACCAGGUAGCACUGCUCAGUGGAGAAAUGCAGGUGGAACAGAGGGCUGCUGUCAUCGAACGCUUCAGAGAUGGAAAGGAGAAAGUCUUGGUGACCACAAAUGUUUGUGCUCGAGGCAUAGAUGUGGAGCAGGUUUCCGUGGUGAUCAAUUUUGACUUGCCAGUUGACAAGGAUGGUAACCCUGACAACGAGACAUACCUGCACAGGAUUGGACGCACGGGCCGAUUUGGGAAAAGGGGACUGGCCAUCAACAUGGUGGACAGUAAGAUGAGCAUGAACAUCCUCAACAGGAUCCAGGAGCAUUUCAAUAAGAAAAUUGAAAGACUAGACACAGAUGAUCUGGAUGAAAUCGAGAAAAUUGCCAGCUAAAGGAGAGGGAGUAAUCACAUUGAGGACGCUGGCCCAACUUCCCUUUCUCUUCACUCUCCAAGGACUGUAUGCUCCUACAUUGUUUUAUGCUUUUAUCUUUUAUUUUUAGCUGUUGGAGAAAAGAGCAAAAACACUCACAGAGCGUAUGUUUACAUGUGGACAUGUCUCCUCUCAGACAAGUGUUUUGUAUUUUUCUGGAACAUACCCUAUUUCACUCUUUGUACUUCUUCGAAUAAAGUCUGAGCUUAUUGAUGUGUAUUGUGAUGCUGAAAAGAUCAGACAUAGUCAGCUAUUUCACACACGAUUUGUUAAACCACUUUUUAAUAUUGGCAUGAUACAAGAUCAGUUGUAAAGACUUAACUAAAAUUAUCAAAGAAAAAAUAUUGUAUGUGCCACUUUUUUCAAUUUAAAGAAAAUAACUAAAUCAUGUGAACAGCUACAGCUUCUGCCAUGCUGUUUCAUCUUUCAAACAUCAGUACAAAGGGUGAACUUGGGUAUGCUGCUUCGAGUGGUAGUUAAAUCAUUGUUUUUCAGAUGGUGAUGGUUGGGGUUUAAGGGUCUAUGCAAACUUAUCAACCUGUGAUAGAUAUCAAAUGCUAUCAAUCUGUAUUUACAUGACAAAUGAAUUCUGAAAUAACCUCAUGUUUAGCAUCAGGGUGUGUAGUCAAAUGCCAAAAAAAAGGCUGCCUAGAGAUAUUACAUUACUAACUUUAGGAAAUAGAGAUUUAAAUGUUUCUGUGAUUAACCACAAAUCACUCAUCAGCCAAACAUCUCUUACGCAUGCCAUCUCUGUUUUUUCACACUCAAAAAUGGCCAUCAUCAGAACAAGCUUGGCACCACUGCUGAGCAGUCAUAAGUCUUUUGUUACUUCAUCAGAAUCAUAAAAUCUCAUUUAAACUCAAAAUGUGACCAGCACGGUCCGAUGUGAUUUGUCUUUUUGUGUCUCACCGUUUCAUAGAACAUUUUAAAUCAGGGUUUCCAGUUUGACUUAAGCUGAACUACAUUUUUCACUCAGACUGUGCCGUUAUAAGGAUUGUGAGUUUAAAAAAAAAAAGCGCAAUGCCUUCCUCAAGUGCAUUAUAUAUUCAUAUGAUUUUGUUAUUGAUAUUCUAAGACAUUGGGCUUAAUAUUCUGACUGACACUUGAAAUUCUGAUUAUAUAUUGAAUUACGGGCGUCUCUAGGAUGUGUGAAUUAUCUUUUUUAAACCAAAUGCUGAGAUGACUUGAGGACCUAUGCUAAUCAGACCCUCUGUGCUCCAUCAUGGUUGCAUGGAUAACAAAAAAAAACAUGUACUUGUGUACAUAUUUAAAAUUUUAUUUUAAAGGAAAAAGUGUGACUGAACUGAGUGUCACUUCUAAGAAGUGUCAAAACAUUCCGCAUGAGGUUCAGUUUAGACAGAUGCAGCACAGUGGGCCUAAAUCAGUUCACAUUGCAUUGGUUGGGGAACUGAGAAAAAAAAUGUCUGACAUUUUGAUCAAUGCACUGGAACGUUAGAAGAAGUGACUGGUCAGUCUGAAGCUGCAACAAACCUCAUCUGUCUGCCAGCAGCAUGAAGAAGACUGCUGCUGGUAGUCUGGUUUUAAUGGACUGUUUAUGGACCUUUUACUGGAAAACCACUCAACUCGCUGAACAGAUGCAGCCAAAUUAAAAGAAAGUGACCAUGUGCUGAAAAUACAGAAUGGUCUGAAGACUUUUGGGGGGGUGGAAAGAAGCAGUGAAUGCAGUUUUAUUAGGACACUCUGAUGUAUACAUUAUCAGUGAGUGUGUGCACUUUGUUAAUCCAUAUUGUGAUGCCACUGUGUGAGAGCCAUGGACACAGUAGUUUUGGCUAUCGAACUACACACUUUUCCUUGCUUGCUUUACAUCUUAAUUCUACCUACAAAAUCCAUUUCAUAAGCGAGUAUACUAACUUGGCUUAAAGCAAGCUGUCUGUCAUCAGUAGACAAUGAUAGAUUCAAAGCGUGUAGUUUUCUGUAGCUGAGCUGCGUUCAUGGACACAGUUAUGUAUUCUUAAUAUGUUGAAUUAAAAGAACAUAUAGAUGUUCA